AUGACUCGACUGCUUCCUCUCUUCUCGCUUCUUGCGGCGACCGUCAUCGCGAGCCCCCAGGACGGGGGGGCGGCGCCAACAGGCGCAGUAGGCGGUGAAAACUCACUUCCAUUUGCGCUUCCCGGGCCGGGAACCGGCCAAAUUGGCGGCGACUCCCAGAUGGGUGGCCAAGACCAAAUGAGUGGUGGUAGUGUUCAGAUGGGCGGCGGAGGCCAAUCCCAAGGGGGGGCUAGUGGUGCUGUCGGCGGUUCCGUUGGCGGUGCUAUCGGCGGCUCCAUUGGUGGUGGAAUGGCCGGCGGAAUUGGACACGGCAAAACAAUCAUCGGAGGUGGGAAUGGAAUCGGCAAGGGGAUCGGCAAGGGAAUUGGAAAAGGCCAUUUAGGUGGUGGGGUGACUGUGACCAUCAUUACGACUAAUCUUGGUGGUGGUGCUGUUCCACAACAGUGGAACAAACCCCCCAUGAAGCAAGGGACAGUGCAUCAGGUCACGGUUGGAGGAGAUGCGGGACUUGUUUUCGUACCCGAAGUCUUGAACCCUCAGAUUGGCGAUAUGGUCCAAUUCAACUUCCAGUCACAGAAUCACACAGUCACCCAGUCCACGUUUGAUAACCCCUGCACCCGCAUGGAAGGUGGUGUGGAUUCUGGCUUUAUGCCCAAUGCAAACAACACAGUCAACCCGCCUCCGUCAAUGAUGUUCCAGGUUACCACCACGGACCCAAUUUGGAUGUACUGUCGCCAGCGACCCCACUGCACGAAGGGGAUGGUGUUCAGUUUGAACCCUACCCCCGAGAAGUCUCAUGAAGCAUUCAAACAAAAGGCGCUGGCACUCGACCAGGGAGGCGCUGGUGGAGCUCCACCACCACCACCACCACCCCCUCCUCCUCCUUCUCCACCAGUCGAGGCACCACCACUGCCACCACCAGCAGCCGAAAUCCCUCCUGUUGGCACCGGAAUCGCUGAAAACCCUCCUCCGGUCAUUCCUCCCCCUGCUCCUCCUGUUGGUGGCAACCAAGGGCAAGUCGUUCCUGGAAAUGGCAACAUGGGCGACGGCACUUGCUCUUGCUCUUGUCUCUGCGGUGCCUCGGAAUUCCCUCCAGGAACAGGCGUCGGAAGCUCCGGUGGCUUUGGAGGCGCUAUCCCCAUGUCUCCCCCCCAGAAGCGUGCCGUUCCUUUCUGGAAUUGA